CAAAAUGGACUAGUAAAGGCGUGUCAUUUACCUUUUAAAACCCUUCUCUUCCCUUUCUCACGUGUCUGUGGCAGCCACACGUCUUGGCAGUUCUCUUCUCUGAUUACGAAGAAAUUUUUUCAGCAAAAGCAGGCAAUGGACUUCUUUUUUAAGGGAAUGAACAGGGAUGGAUCUGAGUGUCCCUUUGAUGUGAAAGACAUCCAACGGUGUCCGUUUUUAAGAAACAUCAAUGAACCUACAAACUUCUCUUUCUCCUCAACUAAAAUCUCCAUUCCUGUUCAUGGAUCCAAGGGUCCUAUAUUUGAAGAUGGUCCUAGUUUUGGCAUGGCAUUUAAGCUAUUUCAUGGGAAGGAUGGAGUCAUUCCCCUAUCUGAGAAAUCUGACUUUCACAAUGGCAGCACAGAAGCAGAUUCUCUGCCUGUUUUCAACCCUUUGGCAGGAAGAGCUGCCUCCAUAAGUCUGUCUGGACCAGGUGGCCCAUUUAGUUUUUGGAAUUUUUCUGAGAAAUGGAAGAAGCAGAAGAAUUCCGAAUCAUCAAAUAAAAAGGAAUACUCACCUCAGAAUGGAGAUGUAUCAAAGCAUGAGGCACUUGGAAAUGAAUGGUUGGCCAAAGGAACUUGCCCAAUUGCCAAGUCUUAUAGAGCUGUAAGCAAUGUUCUACCCCUUGUUGCAACAGCUUUUCGGCCACCGAGUGGAGUGAAGCUUAGAUGUCCACAAGCAAUUGUUGCUGCAAGGGCUGCCCUUGCCCGUACAACCUUUGUGAAAAACAUGCGCCCUCAGCCUCUUCCUGCAAAAAUGCUUGUUAUUGCAGCGUUAGGCAUGGCGGUUAAUGUGCCCUUUGGCAUGUGGAAGGAGCAUACCAAGAAAUUUUCAUUAUCUUGGUUUGUAGCCGUGCAUGCUGCUGUUCCCUUUAUAGCCAUGCUUCGGAAGUCAGUGGUGAUGCCUAAAUCAGCAAUGGCACUGACCAUUGCAGCUUCUAUACUUGGACAAGUUAUUGGCUCAAGAGCUGAGCGAAUCCGGCUGAAAACAAUAGCUGUUGAGAUGGGAAAAGUGAAAACAGAGACAGUAUGCAGCAUGGAAAGCUAUAAUAGUCCCAUGCAACUUGGUGAUAUUAGGGCCAAUCACUGUGGUGCUGAAGGAAUGGUCCUCAAGUCGUCACUUCCUGUGAAGGAUACUGGUUCAACUUCAACUGCUGGCGUGUGUUAUUGAUCUAUAAAGAUUGGAAAGAAAUCCAUUCAGGUUCUAUUUGAACAUAUUGAUGAACUGGAAUUGUAAUAAAAUUGAUUAAUAUAAAUAAGAUCCUUAUGAGCUAUGUAUAACUUGAACAGAAAUUAAGACAUGCUGUUACGAUGCAUGCAGAAAUGUAUAUGGAGAAUUGAUCGCUUAAUUCUGAUAAAAGUUGAGUUCGUCUUAAAUUAUUCA